GCUGCUGGUUUACACACAUCUGGCUUAUUAGGCUGAGUUCAACAGAAAUAUUCUACUGACCGCUUCGAUGUUGAGCGUCACAUCACCACGUGCAGUAGAUAUUAGUUCGAGACACGGGCAACAAGGUCCUCGACGUGCUCAAAUUGCUGCAUGUCUUUGAUAUUAUCCGUCAUUUUUGAUGCAGUGAAAUCUACAUACAGGGUAAGUUCCACAGAAGAAGCACCAGCGGAUGGGGCUGCUACAUGGGACAUCAGUGGCCAGCACCACCUGGACAUGUGCCGUGACCAAUGACAUAGCGCCCUCCAAGCCCCAGACAGCGAUUCGAAUCAGGAACGGGGGCCUCGAUCAGUAAAUUGAUGAUUAACGUCACGAUCUAUUGGAGGCGGGCCCAGUGACGCACCUCUUUCACACUCUGACAGCACGGUACCCGACCUCUCUUUACCUGCCACGCCCGACUCCUGACUCUGAGGCCUGCCUACGACAGGCGCAGCUUCGGUCGCGUGAGUUUUUGAUUUGACCACAUGAUAGUUUCAGAUUCAACGGACAUUUAUUGAUCCAGCCAGCUCAACCUAAGAUACCCAGGUCGCGGACGGACACAGCCCCUGUCACCGUCUUCGUCUGUUAGCACACAACUGCCGUGUUGUGAUUGUCUGAGUUCGCACUUUACACCCUCCCCGCAUCCGGACUCUUACCUACGGCAGCCAGAGAAGCAACAGCUUUAAAGCAUCGAGUGUCUCCUCCAGAUUCGAGAUUGUCAAGUUUGUUACUACAACUUCUUAUCGAACACCGCUGUGAUGGGUGCGGAAGACACUGGGGGUGGUGGGCUACCAGCCUCUUCCUCAUCCUCUAAUCCACGAAGAACCGGCGGCAGCCAGUCUAUCGCUCGAGGUGCCAAUACACAAGGCUACGACGAACAAUCACCUCUACUAAAUAAUGAUGCCAACAAUGUCCAUGGGGAAGCGGACGACUCACAGGUCAAAAAGAGCAUAUGGUAUUUGCUCAUAUUGACCAUUAGCAUCGGUGGUCUCCAGAUCGCAUGGUCUGUUGAGCUUUCAAACGGAUCACCAUAUCUUCUGUCUCUUGGCUUGAGCAAAUCUCUCAUGGCUCUCGUCUGGAUUGCUGGACCCUUGACUGGCACCCUUGUUCAGCCAUAUGUGGGUAUGCUCAGCGACAAUUGCCGUCUGCCCAUGGGUAAGAGAAAACCGUUCAUGAUCGGGGGAUCUAUUGCCACUAUCCUCUCCCUCUUGUUUCUUGCCUGGGCCAAAGAGAUUGUUGGUGGUGCCGCCAGACUCAUGGGUUUUGACCCAGAGUCUAAAGAUGUGAAAACAACAACUAUUGUGGUCGCAGUUAUCGGCGUUUACGUUCUCGAUUUCGCCAUCAACACCGUCCAGGCGUCCAUUCGUGCAUUCAUCGUCGACUGUGCGCCAGCUCAUCAGCAAGAGUCUGCCAAUGCCAUGGCCAGUCGGAUCACCGGAUUUGGCAAUAUCGUUGGAUACAUUGCUGGGUAUGUCGACCUGACUCGUCAUCUUGGCUUCCUUGGAAAGACGCAAUUCCAGAUCCUCUGUGCCAUCGCAUGUUUUGCCCUUGCCUUGACCGUGUUUGUGAGCACCGCCUUCAUCAAGGAGAGAGAUCCUCGACUUGACGGCCCCGCCAAGAAAGAACAACAAGGCGUUUUCUCAUUCUUCUUCACUAUUUUCAAGUCGAUCAAACGCCUCCCGCCUCAGAUCAAGAGGGUAUGCGAGGUCCAGUUCUGCGCCUGGGUCGGCUUCUUCCCUCUGUUGUUCUAUACGUCCUCUUACAUCGGAGAGAUCUAUGUCGAACCAUAUCUCCAAGCGAAUCCCCACAUGUCUCCGGAACAGCUCAACAAACUGUAUGAGCAAGCGACCCGAAUUGGUACCUUUGCACUUCUCAUCAACUCGAUCGUGAGCUUGCUCACAAAUGUGUUCCUUCCAUUUUUCAUUGCUCCAACGUAUGAUAGUCAGCCAGUCACUGGUAUUCCAGGAGAGAGCCCUGCAGGCUACUAUGACUCGGAUGAAGAUGAGAAGCCCUCGUGGUUAGACAAGCUGGCCAUUCCUGGCCUGACUCUUAAGCGUGCUUGGUUCCUGUCCCUCCUUCUUUUUGCUGGAUGCAUGUUCGCCACGCUUUUCGUCCGAACCGUAAAGGCAGCCACCGUGCUUGUUGGUCUUGUUGGUAUCACCUGGGCGAUGACACUGUGGGCUCCAUGGGCCAUUAUCAGUGCCGAGAUCAGUCGGAGAGAUGCCCUGAUACGAGCUCAAAAGACGCGAUUGGCGGCCACCAGAGCAAACAAUGACGGAACCGCAGAUGACGAGGAGGAAGAAAUCGACCAGGCUGGAGUGAUCCUUGGCAUCCACAACAUGGCGAUUGCAGCACCUCAAAUCAUUGCAACUGUUGGUUCCAGUAUCAUCUUCAAGCUCUGGCAGAAGCCUAGAGGCACACCGGGAGACCAUAGUAUUUCUAUUGUGUUCGCCCUUGGUGGAGCUUGUGUCCUGAUUGCAUCAUUCUUCGUUGCUAAGAUCAAGGAUGAUGCUUCUAUGCCAGCUGAUGUUAUGAUCGAAGCCGAACAGGGUCGGAGUGGGACAGAAGAGGCCCCAGAACGUCGACCUCUCAGCAGGCGCAAGUCUACCAAAGACCAGCUUCCCAGAGCGACCCAGGCCCGGGCCACACUGACACGACACAAGAGUUUCGGAGGCGCCGAAAUGCACUAAGAGCAUCAAUACAAACGCACACACAGAGAGACGUACACGCCCUUGAACGAAGCAUGGGAAGGCGCAGGGUAAGGCAUCUGGAUUGGCAUUUGGCUCUAUUUCCCAAGCCUAGGAGCAUAUGGGGGGAUGGAAUACCGUUUAUUUCUUUUUUAGUUAAUUUGAUAAGUACCUAAUGCUAGAAGCCCUAGGCAUAAUGCUGGGCUAUAGGCUGGAUGUUAGAACCACAGUUUCAUGUUUGAGCUUAGAUCAAGAUAUCACAUUCGUUCCUCAGCUCGUCUUCAUCUGAUAUACAUCGCUCAAAUAUCCAAGCUUACCCAUCCACCACCAUGACGCACAACAUCCCCAGGACAGCCUACGCCACCAAAUCAAUCCAUUGGUUUCGGGUCUGCGGACUUGGGACCACACAUG